ACACACAUCUUCCUUUUACUCACCAACUUUUAUUUUAUUUUAUUACAUAUGAAUAUGUUUCAACAAUACCAUUUGUGAAGAUUUUUUUUUUUUUAUAGUAUUUUUUAUCAGAAAAAACAAAAAGAGAAGUGAUAUAGUUAAUCGCUUAUUAUAAUUUUUGUGUUUAAAAAUACAUGUUGAAAUUUUUUUUUAUGGUGGUGUUCAUUAUAUUUACAAUAUUAUUUUUGUAAAUUUUUAAAAAAUUUCGAAUAAAUUACAUUAUCGAAAAUAUUUGAAGUUUUUUGAACGUGGUAAACUGAAAUAUUAGUAACUCUAUUUUUAGCAUCGUAAACUAAUGAGAAUUUUUUAAAAAUUUACAUGAAUGGUAUUGUAACGGUAAUAAAUAUUGCUAUAAGAAAAAAUUAAAAAAAAAAUAUUUUCGCUAACUGAAAGAUUGUAAUAAAAGAUUACUACUCCUCAAACAAAAAUAGAUUGGGAUAAAGUGUCUGACAUAGAAAAUGUUUUUUUUUUCUUAAUUUGUGGAAGUGAGCAUCAAUGGAUACGUAUUCUAUAAUAAAUUUAAUAAAUAUUAUAAUACAAUUUGUAUUUGGUGGGACCUUAGCCAGUGACGGAAGUGGAUCGCGGGACACCAAUCUUCAUUUUCAUGAGAUCUGAUCGAACCUAUGGAGUAGAGAAAACCAACCAAAUCUCCUAAACGCCAAACUUUACUUACCACCAAAACCUCACCCUUAACCAGAGCCUCUCAUACGGUUAGAGGGAGAGAGUUUGUGUGUGAGAGACAGAUAGAGAGAAAACAUGGCCAUGGCUUUGGCGCUCCGGAGGCUCUCCUCUUCUGUUGACAAGUCCGUUCGUCCACGCAUUAAUGGAGGCUCGCUUUAUUAUAUGUCUUCUCUGCCCAAUGAAGCUGUGUACGAAAAAGAGAAAAAUGGUGUUUCGUGGACUAAGCAGCUGAAUGCUCCAUUGGAAGCUAUCGAUCCAGAAAUUGCAGAUAUCAUUGAGCACGAAAAAGCUAGGCAAUGGAAGGGGCUAGAGCUCAUACCCUCCGAGAAUUUCACUUCAGUCUCUGUAAUGCAAGCUGUUGGGUCUGUCAUGACUAACAAAUACAGUGAAGGAUAUCCCGGUGCUAGAUACUAUGGAGGAAAUGAGUUCAUUGACAUGGCAGAAACAUUAUGCCAGAAGCGGGCUUUGGAAGCUUUUCGGUUGGAUCCAGAGAAAUGGGGAGUGAAUGUGCAGUCCCUAUCAGGGUCUCCGGCUAAUUUUCAGGUGUACACCGCAUUGCUAAAACCUCAUGAGAGAAUCAUGGCACUUGAUCUUCCUCAUGGUGGACAUCUUUCUCAUGGGUACCAGACUGAUACCAAAAAGAUAUCUGCUGUGUCUAUUUUCUUUGAGACAAUGCCGUAUAGAUUGGAUGAGAGCACUGGAUAUAUCGACUAUGACCAGAUGGAGAAAAGUGCCACAUUAUUCAGGCCAAAAUUAAUAGUUGCUGGUGCUAGUGCUUAUGCACGUCUGUAUGACUAUGACCGUAUCCGCAAGAUCUGCAACAAACAAAAAGCCAUAAUGUUGGCAGAUAUGGCACACAUCAGUGGAUUGGUUGCUGCUGGUGUCAUCCCAUCACCUUUUGACUAUGCAGAUGUAGUAACCACCACAACUCACAAGUCACUUCGUGGUCCUCGUGGAGCCAUGAUUUUCUUCAGGAAGGGAGUGAAAGAGAUCAACAAACAGGGAAAAGAGGUGUUGUAUGACUUUGAAGACAAGAUCAAUCAGGCUGUCUUUCCCGGACUUCAAGGUGGUCCACACAACCACACAAUUACUGGUUUGGCAGUAGCAUUGAAACAGGCUACAACUCCAGAAUACAAGGCCUAUCAAGAGCAGGUUCUCAACAAUUGCUCAAAAUUUGCACAGACUCUGGCUGAAAGGGGCUAUGAGCUUGUUUCUGGUGGAACUGAUAACCACUUGGUCUUGGUUAACUUGAAAAAGAAGGGUAUUGAUGGCUCCAGAGUUGAGAAGGUUUUGGAAGCUGUUCACAUCGCUGCUAACAAGAACACCGUCCCUGGAGAUGUUUCAGCCAUGGUUCCUGGUGGUAUUAGGAUGGGAACUCCUGCUCUUACCUCAAGAGGAUUUAUUGAGGAAGAUUUUGCCAAGGUUGCAGAAUUCUUUGAUGCUGCUGUGACUUUGGCCUUGAAAAUCAAGGGAGAAGCAGCAGGUACAAAGUUGAAGGACUUUGUGGCCUCCUUGCAGGCCCCUCACAUCCAAUCCGAGGUUGCAAAGCUCAAACAUGAUGUGGAAGAGUAUGCCAAGCAGUUCCCUACAAUUGGGUUUGAGAAGGAAACCAUGAAGUACAAGCAUUAAGGGAGACAUCCUCAUGUUCUAGGCACUGUAUGCAGACGCGAAGAGGAGUUUCCCAUUUGACAAAUGAGAAGGACCAUAUGCGAAGGAGUUUAAUCUUGAGGCUUUUAUACCUUACCUACAGAUUUAGGAGACCUCAAUUUGGUUCUUCAAGAAGUAUAUGUAAAUACACUAUUUGAGGCCCUGUAAUGCAAUAAAACUACAUAACUCUUAUCUCUUUUAUUUAUGUGAUAUGUUGACAUAGCAAACUCCCUUUAAUUGGUUUAAUAAAAGCAUAAUCCUACUAGUGCUCAAACCAAA